GACCAUUUCCCAGCGCUCCCUGGCUAGGGGAGUCCCCGGGGACGUCCCGAGACUGAGCCGCCUCAGCGCGAGUGAGCCGGUGGUCUGGGCCGAAUCCGGGUCCAGCCUCACCGGCCUCACCGCAUUGCGUCUCCCGGGCCGAGACGAGCUGGGCGCGCCCCCUGUAGGACGAGAGCGGGCACGGCGGCACGCCAUGGCUACGAUGGUGCUUCCGCGGGAGGAGAAGCUGAGCCAGGAUGAGAUCGUGCUGGGCACCAAGGCCGUCAUCCAAGGCCUGGAGACCCUGCGCGGGGAGCAUCGUGCCCUUCUCGCUCCCUUGGUAGCUCAUGAAGCUGGCGAGGCGGAGCCCGGCUCACAAGAGCGAUGUGUCCUCCUGCGUCGCUCCCUGGAAGCCAUCGAGCUGGGUCUAGGGGAGGCCCAGGUGAUCCUGGCGCUGUCGAGCCACCUGGGAGCUGUGGAGUCAGAAAAGCAGAAGCUGCGGGCUCAGGUGCGGCGCCUGGUGCAGGAGAACCAGUGGCUGCGAGAGGAGCUGGCCGGAACACAGCAGAAGCUGCAACGCAGCGAGCAGGCUGUGGCCCAGCUCGAGGAGGAGAAGCAGCACUUGCUGUUCAUGAGCCAGAUCCGCAAGCUGGAUGAGGACACAUCCCCCAGCGAGGAGAAGGGGGACGUCCCCAAAGACUCUCUGGAUGACCUGUUCCCCAACGAGGAGGAGCAGAGCCCAGCCCCCAGCCCUGGAGGAGGGGAUGUGGCUGCCCAGCACGGGGGCUAUGAAAUCCCAGCGCGGCUCCGCACCCUGCACAACCUGGUGAUUCAGUACGCCUCCCAGGGCCGCUACGAGGUGGCUGUGCCCCUCUGCAAGCAGGCACUCGAGGACCUGGAAAAGACUUCAGGUCACGACCACCCCGACGUCGCCACCAUGCUGAACAUCCUGGCUUUGGUCUAUAGGGACCAGAACAAGUACAAAGAGGCUGCCCACCUGCUCAACGAUGCCCUGGCCAUCCGGGAAAAGACACUGGGCAAGGACCACCCAGCUGUGGCCGCAACAUUGAACAACCUGGCAGUUCUGUAUGGCAAGCGGGGCAAGUACAAAGAGGCCGAGCCACUGUGCAAGCGGGCACUAGAAAUCCGGGAGAAGGUCCUGGGCAAGUUUCAUCCGGAUGUGGCCAAGCAGUUGAGCAAUCUGGCCUUGCUGUGCCAGAACCAGGGCAAAGCUGAGGAGGUGGAAUACUACUACCGGAGGGCCCUGGAGAUCUAUGCCACACGCCUUGGGCCUGAUGACCCCAACGUGGCCAAGACCAAGAACAACCUGGCCUCCUGCUACUUGAAGCAGGGCAAGUACCAAGAUGCAGAGACCCUGUACAAGGAGAUCCUCACCCGUGCUCACGAGAAGGAGUUUGGCUCUGUCAAUGGGGACAACAAGCCCAUCUGGAUGCAUGCAGAAGAACGGGAGGAGAGCAAGGACAAGCGCCGGGACAGCAUCCCCUAUGGGGAAUAUGGGAGCUGGUACAAGGCCUGUAAAGUAGACAGCCCCACAGUCAACACUACCCUGCGCAGCUUGGGGGCCCUGUACCGGCGCCAGGGCAAGCUAGAAGCUGCACAUACACUGGAGGACUGUGCCAGCCGCAGCCGCAAGCAGGGCCUGGACCCCGCAAGCCAGACCAAGGUGGUGGAACUGCUGAAAGACGGCAGCGGUGGGCGGGGAGACCGCCGGGGCAACAGAGACGUGGCAGGAGCCGGGGCUCGGCCUGAGUCUGACCUCGAGGAGGCAGGACCUGCAGCUGAGUGGAGCGGAGACGGCAGUGGCUCCUUGCGGCGCAGCGGCUCCUUUGGGAAGCUCCGAGAUGCCCUGAGGCGGAGCAGUGAGAUGCUGGUGAAGAAGUUGCAGGGUGGUGGCCCCCAGGAGCCUCCUAACCCCAGGAUGAAGCGGGCCAGUUCCCUCAACUUCCUCAACAAGAGUGUGGAAGAGCCAGUCCAGCCUGGAGGCACAGGUUUCUCUGACAGCCGCACCCUCAGCUCCAGCUCCAUGGACCUCUCCCGACGAAGCUCCCUCGUGGGCUAAUCCUGAAGGGGCAGCCAGUUGCCAGAGCCUCCACCCGGCACUGUCUCCAUCCCCAGCCCUUCGCAUGGGCCUGCUGCUUGCCCCACCUGUCUCUCCCAAGAACCCUCGUCUUUUCUGUUCAAUCUCAGGGUAACCUCCUCCCUUGUCAUCUCAGCCUAAGCCCUGGAGGCUGGGCCUGCCCGCUCCAGCUCUACCCCUUAUUUAUUCCAUCCAGCAGGGCUCCCUCUUCUCUAGGUGAGGGGCCAGGUGAGGGGCUGGCCAGGGUCUCCAAGGUGGAGACUCAGUGGCCUUCUCUCGCCAGGACCCCUGCGCCAAGAACACUAAGCACCUGCAGUCCCGUCAGCACUCCUGCCCUCCUGUCCCCCGGCCGUUGCUUCUGUAUAUAGAGAAAUAAGUUAUUGGCCGCGCCCCUCCCCUCAGUCCGCGGUACUGCCCGGUUCGCCCCUCACCCUGCCCUUCUCUAGUGGUACCGCCCAGGCCUUAAUCACCCCCAUUCCGCGCGGUGGUAUCUCCCAGGCUCUACAUCUCGGGGGCGGCGCCUCCCCAAAGGGUUCCCCGGGCCUUCUCGCGCUCCUCCUGGCCUCUGAGGGGCGCGUUGAGCCCCACCAUCCCCUUGCCCGUCCUCUCACCGCCGGGCCCUGCCCAGCAUCCCGGCCUUAUGCACUGCCCCUCCCGCCCGGCCCCGCCCAGGCACGGCCUGACCCCGCCCCGGGCACCGCCCGUCGAGCCAUCCUGCCACGCCCCUUCCCACGCCUGCAGCUUGUCGCUAGGGGCAGUGACGGCCCCUGUGGCAGGAGGGGCUGCCCCAGUUGGGGGGGGGGCGGUGAGGCGGUCCCUCUCUAUUUUCAAAUGUUGCUGUAGAAAUAAAAACCGUUUGAAUCUGAGCUGGGCUUGUUUUGGGGCGGAGGCCAAGGGUCCCUAGCGUCUCUAGGUUGGGGGUGAGGUCGGGAGAGGCUGCGAGCGAGCGAGUGUGUGUGUGUGUCCCUUGUCCGGUCCCGCGCUGCUGGAGCCCAGAUAUUUUGCUCCUAUCCCGGAUUUGUUUGGGGGCCUCACAGAUGGAGUUUUUUCUAACAACCUUCAUCUCUGAGGUUCUAGAGACCGCGGGCUUUGAAUUCUGCCCUUUACUAAGCUGUUUCAUCUUGAGCGACUUACCGAGACUCCACCUUUGCCAUCUAUAAAAUGUGGGUGAAGACACCCUCCGGGAGCUGCGUCUGAGUUAGGAGAGCCAGCACACCAAGAUACCCCAAAUAAAUGAACUUCUGAUGCUAACAACUCCUUGAACAGCGAGGGUAGGGAUGACUACCUCUGCCAGACAGACAUGAAGCGUGUCAACCCCAGUCCUAAAUUGACCUCUCAUCG